ACAUAAGUUUCUUCAUCCCUUAAUUUCAAAAGUAUCAUUACUAAGCUUUGAACAAAAGAGAAAACAUGGGUUCUAAGGCAUUUCUGUUUCUUGGCCUUUGUUUGGCUAUUUUUUUCCUGAUAAGCUCUGAGGUUGUAGCUGCGGAGUUGGCUGAGACUUCCAACUAUGCAGCAAUGAAAUUGGAUAACGAGAAUGGAGUAUAUGUUGACGGACGUGGCGGAUACAAUGGCGCUGGCAGUGAUGGAUAUUAUGGUGGUGGUCGCGGCCGUGGUGGUGGUGGUUAUAAACGUAGAGGAUGCCGCUAUGGUUGCUGUAGGAAAGGUUACAAUGGUUGCAAAAGGUGUUGUUCCUACGCAGGUGAGGCCAUUGAUAAAGUCACUGAAGCCCAGCCUCACAACUGAUCAUUAUGUGUAAUAUAUAAAGAGUUUAAGUUAUAUAUGCAGUUAGUGUAUAUAACUUGACAAGAUGUAAUAAUCUUGCUCUUUUAGACCUUGCUUGUAACAAGCAUGAAUAAAGCCAUUCGGUUCUUAUGGAUGGUUGGUCAUGUAAUGUUUUGUUGUACAAUAUAUUGUGAUAAUAUAUUUCCAUAUUGUUUAUUUUCUUCAAA